AUGGAAGCCGAAAUACGGCGAUCUCAAGUUAAAACCAAUUAUAGGAACAGGGCAACAUCAAUGAAUAAACGAUAUUCAGCGAAGGUGUUCGCAGCACCGCGCUACCAGAGAAGACGUGAGUCAUCACCGCUCCAGUCGGACCAACAGCUGUCACCUGUCGUGACAGUGGACAGGGAAACCAGUAGUGUAGACGGGACUGCGUCUAUGAUUCGGAUCGAACGACUGCGUCAGCUGAUGAGCCAAGGAGACUCACACAGGCGUGGCUUUGUGCGACUUCCCGUAGCUCCUCUUCCUUCCACACCUAUGCUUUCACCGCAUCAGGUCAAUGUGAUCAUCGAUCGGACACUUCAAAAUUUAUUCCAUCCCCCACCGAUACCACCAAUUCCACAACAAGAGUUUAGCAUUGACGGCUUCAUCGAGCGAUCGAAUGCUCCUAUUAAAUCUACAUCACCGGCGCCACCACGAGAAGCUCAACCAUCCGCAAUCACAUUCCCCAACCCCGACAGCUCCACCUUAGCGCCGUUCUUCAUUUUCCGGAGACCAUUUAAAGUGGACGCUGAACAUUCACCGACUAUUCGAAGGCCGUGGUCAACUCACUCUAAACCUCAAAAGCAUUUCUCCACCGGCCGAUCCUCAAAGAAACUCCCCCUCAGAAUAAAGGGUCCCUGGGCAGGCCGUGGUUCCGCGAAAGCGAUCCGAACAGGCAGCCCCUUCAGAGAUGAGUUCGUUACUUAUCCAAGGGACACCGAAGUGUUAACUGACAUAGCCAUUCCAUACCGAAAUCGGCUGAAAAGCAAGUUACGGGCUGUUAUCCCUGGCCCGGAAGAAGAUGCAAUAUAUGAGGAUAUUCUGCAUGAGGAGAGAAAACUGCUCUCUGAGAGAAAUGCACAACUCCCACCAGACUACCAAGUCGACUUCGACGACACUACCGCUCCUCAACAACCACAAGCACGCCACGCCAUUUUUCGUAUUCACGCAACCAGAAAGACGAAGACCGGUGGCUGA